AAAUCUCAUUACAAUUAAAAGUCUUGUUUAGUUGGUUGAUCAAUCUUUAGUUUAACUUUAUCUUUGGAUUAAUUAACAACAAUUAAAGAAAAAAAAAAUAAUGACGAGAAUCAGUUUCGUCUUAAUUGUAGCUUUGUGCUCACAAUUAAGCUCAGCUCAAUUCCCAAGCUUUGGUGGUUUCGGCAGUGGCUCAGGUCUUGGUAGUUUGGUUCAAGCUGCAAGUUCAAGUUUCGGCUCAGGUGGACUCGGAAGUCUUGGUGGUCUUGCAGCUAACGCUCUCAGCUCAUUCGCUGGCAGCCAAAGCUCAGGAUCAGCUUCAUCAAGUCAAAGUGGCCUUAGUAGCAGUGCCAGUAGUAAUAGUGGUAGUAGCAGUAGUAGUAGUAGUAGCGGUGGUCUUAGUUUACCCACCAUUCAAGAACGACCCUCUGCUUCUGUUAACCCUGUCCCCUCAUUGAGCGGUGGUUAUGGUUUCUCUGAUGCCGCUGCUUCUGGUGCUCGAGGUAUCGCCAAUGGAAUGGGUUCCUUCAUCUCUGGUGGACUUACUGGUCUUGGUGGUGCCGCUCAAGGUGUUGGCGGUAGUUUCUCAAAGAUUGUUGGUAAUGGUUUAAGUACUGCCGCUGGUGCUGGUUCUGGAGCUGGUCGGAUUACUGGAGCUAUUUCAACUCUUGGUGCUUUGGCUAAUGCCGGUGGUCAAGCUUUUAGUGCUCUCUCAUUAAUUCCCAAAAUUUUACAAGAAGAAGGUGUUAACCCAAUCGGUGUUAUGGCCUCAGUUGUCUCUUCAAUGGCUUCUAACGGUGGAAGACCUGAUUUCUCAAGUAUUAUGUCCGCUCUUCAACAAAAUGGUGUCGAACCAGGAACCAUGCUUAAAGUAUCCGGUCGGAUUCUCGGUAAUCGCGAUCUUAUCGCUUCCCUUACCUCAUCUAUGGCUGAUGUUGGUACUGGUAUUCUUGGUACUGCCACCGGUGUUCAUCUUGGUGGUGGUGGAUUAGGAUCAAUGGCUGGUGCUGUUUCAAACGGAGCCUCGGGCCUUGGUGCUGCCGCUCAAGGAUUUGGUAACCUUUUCGAAGGUAUCGGUGGUAUGGUUACUGAUGCCAUGGGUCAAAUGGGAGGUCGCGGCGGCGGUGGUCGCGGAGGUGGCAGUGGCCGAGGUGGUUCCAGCGGCGGUAGUGGCCGAGGUGGUGCCGGAGGUAACGGUGGCGGUCGAGGUGGAGGCCGAGGCAGCGGCGGAGGUCGUGGCCGAGGUGAUGGAGAUGAAGAGAGUGAAGGUGGUUUCUCCUUCGGUGGUUUCAAUUUCGGAGGUGGUCGAGGUGGACGAGGUUAAACCCUACCCAUUAAAAAUCAUAGUCCUUUAAACAAUUAAGAUCAUCCAACCUCUAAUUUUCAGAAUUGAUCUCAAACAAUCAACCCCCUAAACUUUAACACCCAAAUUAAAUUAAAUCAUAAUAAAAAACAUUUCUCAUAAA